AUGAGAUACGAGAUCAGCCCCACAGAACAAGGAGGAUAUAACUACAACAAAACAAUCACUAUCAGACGAUCCACUGUCACUGGUACUACCCCAACCAUCACUACCAGAGCUUCCACUAUCACUGGUAUUACCACUAUAUCACUACAAGAGCUACCAGAGUCACUGUUACUACCCCAACCAACAUUACCAGAGCUACCACUCUCAGUGCUACUACCCUCUACAAUCACUACCAGAGCUACCACUGGCACCGGUACUAUCCCUACCAGAGCUACCACUGGCACCGGUACUAUCCCUACCAGAGCUACCACUGGCACUAUCCCUACCAGAGCUACCACUGGCACCGGUACUAUCCCUACCAUCACUACCGGAGCUUCCACUGUCACCGGUUCUAGAACUACCACCGUCUCUGGUACGACCCCAACCAUCACUACCAUCAUGAGAGCUAACACUGCCAUUGGUACUUUCGCAACAAUCACUACCAGCGAUACCACUGUCAAUGGUACUACCCCUACUAUCACUACCAGAACUACCACUGUCACUGUUACUAACCAUUCCAUCACUACAACUGUCAUUGGUACUACCACAACCAUGACUACCAGAGCUACCACUGUCACUGUUACUACCCCUACAAUCACUACCAUUCUCACUGGUAUUACCACAACUAUCACUACCAGAGAUACCACUGUCAAUAGUACUACCCCUACAAUCACUACCAGAGCUCCCACUGCCACUGCUAUCAGUGUCACUGGUAAUACUUCUAUCAUCACUAACACACCUACCACUCUCACUGGUACUGUCACAACAAUCACUACCAGAGCUACCACUGUUAAUGGUACUACCCUUGCUAUCACUACCAAAGCUACCACUGUUACUGUUAUUAACCUUUCCAUCACUACAACUGUUAAUGGUACUACCACAACCAUGACUACCAGAGCUACCACUGGCACUGAUAAUACCCAUACCAUUAAUACCAGAGGUACCAUUGUCACUGGUACUACGACUAACAUAACUACCAGAGCUUCCACUGUCACUGGUACUGCCCCAGUUACCACUGGCACUGAUACUACUCCUACCAUCGUUACUAUCACUACCACUUUCAAUGUUUCUACCCCUAUCAUCCCUACCGCUGUCACUGGUAAUACCCCAAUCAUGACUACCAGAGCUAACGCUGUCAUUGAUACCACCCUAACCAUUGCUACCACAGCUACUACUGUCAGUGUUACUGCUACCUGCACCUAUUACCUCCAACUGACCCACUAA